UUUUAACAAAACAUAACCUCUGUUUUGGUAAAUGUUAUCUGCGAACACAAGCUUCUUAACAUGCCACCAAAUAAACUUAAGCUACAUAAAUCUACAGGAAAAAAUACAUCAAAAUUACAAAGAACUAUAGAAAAUACGUCGGAAUCUCAGGCCAGCUCAUCAAAUGUAGAGAUAUCAAAUGAAGAAAAAUUCGAGAUAGAAUUAUACUGGUGUGUGCAACAGUUGCAAAAAGCUCUAAGUUCUGGAAAAUUGAAUAAUAAACAAGUUCAAGAUCAUACCAAAUCUUUAAAUAUUUUAAUGAGUAACACAGCACCUGUAAUUAAGAAGAGGCAGGUAAUGAGAAUGGCAUUUGGAGAUUAUAGAGAAAAAAUGGCAACAGAGGAAAAAAAAUUGUCAAAAAGUGCAACUAAUAUGAAACUAAAACCUGCUACAGCUAAUAAAAAAACAGUAUUUUUAAAGAAAAGUGUAUUUACAUCAAACUUGGACAGUAGUUUUAAAUUCAAUUUUAAUAUAGAUGACAGUAACAGUGAAGAAAUAGAAAAAGUUAGUGCCAAUGAUGAAGAGCAAAAACAUAUUUCAAAUAAUAAUACUAAAAACUUUCAUUUUGUACCUUCAAAUAAUAGUUUUAGGUUCGGUUUCAAUGUUGAAGAUGAAUUAUGAUUUUGAAACAUACAAAUGUUUUUUUUUUCUCAUCAAUUCAUUUAAAUAGUUAAUUUCAAUAUGACAAGAUUGGGUUUCUAUGGCAAAAUUUACUUAUGCUGCUUCUAUAUCAACUAGUAUGUUACAUUACAUCUUGUGUUACAGAAAAUCAGUGAUAAGUUUGCACCCUUUUCUGACUUCUCAGUUUACCCCUAUAGCUUCUUUAAUGAGACUAUGUUUGUGGUGAAACAUUGGAUUUAAAUUAUGCUUUAACAAUGAAUUUGAUUUCAAGUUGUAAAAAAGUGCAAAAGACGUUCAUAAAAUGUUGACACCUACCUGUGGUAUAAGAUAUUUAGAAGUGGAAAUAACUCAGUUGAGAUCGAGGUAUGGUCAGGAUGUGCCUAGGCAUUAAAGAACAGAUGAAAAGGACCAAAAGUGAACAAACCCAUACAUUUUUCAUAAUGACAAUAUGUUGCUUUUAAUUUUCAAGUGUUCUAAAAGUCACAACUUCGGGCUUGACAGAAGACCUAUGUGCUUAACAAUCCUUGGCUGCCUACUAUCCUACUGUUGACCCACUGAGACUUUCAGUCAUGGAUUCAAAGUUGAGAUAAAUACAUUGCUAGGCUAGAGCAAUAUUUUGGAAGAUAUUAAUGAUAAUAAUAAGUUUGCUUACAAUUUUAAAUAGUUGUUUUUAAUAAAAUAAUCUACCAUAUUUUCUAUCCAACAUUCUAUUUGUUUUUUUUAAUUAGUUAAACUAGAUCAGCAUUUGAUAUACCAUUCUAUGAACUAAUAGUCAGUAAAAUGAAGUGAUGAAAACUGUUCCACUCUCUGGUUGAUUAGAAAAAAGUUUUCCUUAUUCUUUGAGAACUCCUUCAACAAGUGGUAUACCAAGAUCUUGCGAAAAUUGUCAUUUAACAUGUACCUUGGCGCAUCUGUGAUACCUCUUAGUAGAUUUGAUUUUUUUGAGAAAUGGAUGCUUUCAAUUUCCUAAAAGAUACUAAAAAAACUACCUUCUUCACGUUCUGAUUAGUUCCAUGUCACCUUUCUUGAUUAAUACCAUAUAUAGUUUAUAUUUCCUUCUAAGGAGAAUAAAUAAUUUUCUAGAUCUUAGGUAUGUAUAUGAAUCUAAAUGUUGAGUGAUGUUGGAAGAUCUUAAUAUAAAGAAAUUUCUUUCUUUUAAAGUUCCAGAUUAUGGGUAUUCAAGCUUUGUCAAUUUCAGUUAUAAAUAGCAACUUUAUCAUAAAUUCUUGUUCAAUUUUUAAAAUCUGUUUCUGUUGCUAAUGGAGGUUUAAAGACAGAUGUUUGUUUUAAUUCUAGUACUCAAUGUCUGUCACUUGGAUAUGAUUAAAGUUAAAUGAUAAAAGAUAGGAGAUAUUUGUGUCAAGGUUUUCCUCGUGUCGAGGAAUAUUUUAAAUUUUUCCUCAAGUCGAUCUUGCUUACAUCUAAAUGGGGGUUAAUACAACAUAUUUUUAGAAACAUAUCAAUUUUUCGGUCACUGAAAAUGUAAUAUAUAUUUUUCCAGGAUCAUGCAUGUGAAAAUGAAACAAUUUUUUGUGU